CACCACUUGACCUUGAAGUGCCACGUUCAUUGAGACCAAAGUGUUCACUCACAGCUGGCGAAUCUCUGGUGUGUUGUCACUAACACGAAGCCCAGGCAGGCUGUACAGGCUCACCCACCACGCUUGGGAGUUGUCUUGAGGAGUUGCCGAUCCAAAGGCCUGGCUGAGGAGUGAUCCCGAGCCACCUGUACCAUCAAGAUGAAGGAUGUCACAGUGGUCCACCUCCUGCUGUCCGUGUGUGUGUGUGUGUGUGUGUGUGUUUGAAGGCACCCCUCAGGCCGCUGCUGUCUCCUCUGUCUGCCAAGCAAGAACCAAGCCACCCUAUUGGUUGACAGGGGAUCACCAUCAGCCCUCCCAUUAGCCCAGAGCUUCGUGGAUUGUGAUUGGACUGCUAGCUGGCUGGCUGGCUGACCUGACUUGACCUGACCUGAGCCAACAUGAUUUACAUUUUCCUUGUUGACACUGGCACCAUGAUCUUUGACAUGAACCUGGCACUGGAGAGAUCAGUGAGGGGCUGCUGGAACCAGGGAGGGAAGAGGUCAGCGCUGUGCUUGAAGAGGUAGACCGGCCACAGAUGAAGGAGGUGAAGGGCUGUGUGGCCUGGAGCAGCUCAUGCAUGAUGCUGCCUAUGUGGUGCAGGAGCAGAGCAAUUUCUCCCAGAAGACAAAGUUUUGCCCAGAGAGUGACCUGCUGCUUUGUGGAGUGAUGCCCCCAGAAGCUGCCAGACCAGCCUUCCACAAGUCUCUCAAGACACCAUUAACCACACCGUCUGAAGAUGCACAUGGCUUUGCAGUGGCACCACACCACAGGCUGGUGACUCCUGUGCACCACUUGAUGGAGAAUAGUGUGUCUGUUGGCAGAGUGGUGAGAUCAGUGUUCAUCUCGUUUUACUCAGUAGGAAGCAUGUUCACUGGGUUCAAACUGUGCCUCAUGUAUGCACAUUUGAUAAGACCACUCUUCUGACACUCUAAUAGGCAGGGCAGCAGCAGCAGGAGCAGCACUGUUAGUGUUCAAGCUUCACUAUCUUUGACCAUAGUGUUUAAAUAUACUAUGUUGGUUUGUUUAUUAGCAUUCAGAUUAAUUUGCUUUGCUUAGUCUUCAUUUGUUCUUUAUUUUGUGUUGGUAUAAUAUAUAUAUAUAUAUAUAUAUAUAUAUAUAUAUAUAUAUAUAUAUAUAUAUAUAUAUAUAUAUAUAUAUAUAUAUAUAUAUAUAUAUAUAUAUAUUUACAAGAUUAAUUUUUUUCAUUGUGUUUAUUGUGUUGCAAAUGUAUUCCUCUUUACAAGCAGUCUGUUGUAGGUCAGUUCAAAGUGGAGCAUUUUGACUCACCAUACUCAUCAACCUGUGUCCUGUAUUUUGUGUAUAAGCUUCCAUAUCUGAGUUAUGCAUGUAAUACACUCUUCACUACAUUUAUACAUAUUGAGCCUCACUACAUUCAUGCAGGAUGGAAGAAAAUUAAGCUUGACCAUUUUGUGUGAUCAUUCUUUAUUGUAGGCACAGUACAAGAUGAUGCAGUACUUGUAUAUGUAAUGCUGUGUGUGUGUGUGUGUGUAUGUGUGUGUGUGUGAGGGGGACAGUUAUUGGUGAGGGGCUGUGAGGAGUCACUGUGGGUUCAUAAACAUACUGUGGGGGACAUACUGUGGGCUGUGGAGAGAGAGAGAGAGAGAGAGAGAGAGAGAGAGAGAGAGAGAGAGAGAGAGAGAGAGAGAGAAGGGGGGAGGAAAGGCAGCUGGAGGAGUGAACAGCUGCACCAGAGCCCACCACUGCUGACUACUACUACUACUACUACUAAUAUUACUACUACUGCUGCUGCUGUUAUUCCUCUCCUCUUCCUAGCACAGCAGCAAACUCUGGGGUCCUGCCAUAGUGCUGCUCCCUCCUGCAGGACACGUUUCCAUCUUUACAUUCUGGACCUGUGCAUGGACUUGUGUCUUGGUAAACCUCACUGCAGCCACUGCCUUUGCUGUGGCUGUGUGCUGUGUGUGGUGGCCGGUGACAGACAGCAGGGCAGCCGCCCCCAUGCUGCAGCUGGCUGGCAGGAGGGAGGGGCAAGCUGGCCACCCUCUCUGUCACCACCUGCUGGGGAAAGAGCACCAUUAUUAUCAUCUUUGUUUUCCUUCUUUUUCCAUUUGUUUUCCUUCACAAUUUGCAAGAAAUGGUCACAGAGUUUGUUCUGUUGUUAUUGUUGGUUGUUUAUUAUUAAAUGACAUGUUUAUUGUGUUGUUGUUUACCUGUUAGUUGUUGUUGUUUGUGUGUAUGAUUGAUGAAUAAAGGGAGUGCACAGU